UUUCCCUCUCUGUUUCUUACCCUCCUCCUGGGAAUCUCUUCCUUUCAUUUCCUCAACAUCACAAACUAAACUGCCAUUGCUCCUUAUUGAACUCCUUCCACCGUGUCCCACGUCUCAAACUCCUGUGAUCGAUCUGUGUUUAAUCAGGCUUUUCAAUCUAUUUUUUCCACUCCCUGUGUUUAUUUCUCCCAGUCGUCUUCUGUGUCCUGCUCUCUUAGCUGGUAGCAUGUCUAGACCAGUCUCUCCAUCUCUCUCACCCCUGGCCCUGUCCUCCCCAUCUCCCACCUCCUCGCCUCUCCCCUCUCCUCUUUCUCCUCCGCCAAGACUCCCCGUGUUCCAGAGGAAGGGAGCACUCAAACACAAGAGGGUUGUUGAAGUGAAGGACCACCAGUUCACUGCCCGGUUCUUCAAGCAGCCCACGUUCUGCAGCCACUGCACAGACUUCAUCUGGGGAAUUGGAAAGCAAGGAUUCCAGUGUCAAGUCUGCAGUUUUGUGGUGCACAAACGCUGUCAUGAGUUUGUAACUUUUACCUGUCCUGGGGCCAUCACUGCACCCAAAGCGGAGGAUCUCAAGAGCAAACACAAGUUUAAAGUACAUACAUACUCCAGUCCUACCUUCUGUGAUCAGUGUGGCUCUCUACUUUACGGCCUCAUACAUCAGGGCAUGAAAUGUCCCAAUUGUGACAUGAAUGUACACAAGCGCUGUGAGAACAGCGUCCCCAGCCUCUGCGGACAGGACCACACUGAGAAAAGAGGCCGUAUUCGCCUGACCGUUCGCGGUGAGAUAGAGGACAUCAUUAUUUCAGUACAUGAAGCACAUAAUCUGAUCCCCAUGGACCCUAAUGGCCUGUCAGACCCUUAUGUAAAGCUCAAACUCAUCCCUGAUCCCAAGAGCCAGAGCAAACAGAAAACCAAAACCAUCCGUUCUACACUCAACCCUAUCUGGAACGAGACCUUCACUUUUUCAGUGCGGGGGAGGCAGUGGGACAGGCGUUUGUCCGUGGAAGUCUGGGACUGGGAUCGGACCUCACGGAAUGACUUCAUGGGCGCUUUGUCAUUCGGAGUCAGUGAAAUAUUCAGACGUUCUGUCAGCGGCUGGUUUAAACUUCUCAACCAGGAUGAGGGAGAGUAUUAUAAUCCUGUGCCUGACCCAGACCUGCAGGUGCCAGAAGAAGUUCUGGUUCCCUCCAUUCCUCCUGUUACUGCUAGCCUGACAGCACCUGUGACUGCUGUGACCCCGUCUGCUCUGAGCCCGACUGCCAUUGUACCGCAGACAGGCAAGGGUCUUAUCAGACUGCAAGAUUUUAACUUCCUCAUGGUUCUGGGAAAAGGGAGUUUUGGCAAGGUGUUAUUGGCAGAGGAGAGGGGAAGCGAGCGUCUGUUUGCGGUGAAGGUGUUGAAGAAGGACGUGCUGUUUCAGGAUGAGGAUACAGAGAGCGCUAUGGUGGAGAGGAGAGUGCUGGGCCUUACGGGACGUCCUCAUUUCCUGACCGCUCUUUACUGCGCCUUUCAGACUGAGGAUCGUCUGUAUUAUGUUAUGGAGUAUGUGAACGGUGGUGAUCUCAUGUUUCAUAUCCAAAUUGUCGGGAAGUUUAAAGAACCACAUGCGGCGUUCUAUGCUGCUGAGAUAGCCAUGGGUCUUUUCUUCUUACACAACCAAGGCAUUAUAUACAGAGAUCUUAAGCUGGAUAAUGUCUUGCUGGACAGUGAAGGGCACACAAAGAUAGCAGACUUUGGGAUGUGUAGAGAGGGCAUGAUGGAGGGCGACACCACUCGGACCUUCUGUGGCACACCCGAUUACAUCGCACCUGAGAUUGUGGCAUACCAGCCGUAUGGUAAGGCAGUAGACUGGUGGUCAUAUGGAGUCCUGCUGUAUGAGAUGCUGGCUGGUCAGCCUCCUUUUGAUGGCAUAGAUGAGGAGGAGCUGUUUCAGUCCAUCAUGGAACAGAGCGUUUCAUAUCCUAAGAGUCUCUCUCGGGAGGCUGUGGCCAUCUGCAAAGGGCUCCUGACCAAGAACCCUGCAAAGCGUUUGGGUGGUGGAGAGGAUGCAGAGAGAGAGAUACGGGAACAUCCGUUUUUCCGUUGGAUAGACUGGGACAGACUGGAAAGACUGGAGAUACAGCCCCCCUUUAAACCCAGAAGUGGAGGUAGAAAAGGAGAGAACUUUGAUAAGUUUUUUACAUCCGCCCCCCCUGCCCUCACGCCCUCUGAUCCAGAUGUACUGGCAGCCAUAAGUCAAGAGGAAUUCCAAGGCUUCUCUUUCACAAACCUGGACUUCCCCUCCUCACCCCUCACAGCUGUCUGAGAACCCCCAUAUCAACCAGCCCCAUCAUCUUCUGACUUUCCUGCUCCCUGUCAUGAUCUAGACUACACUGACCAAAACAAAUAAAUUGUGUAGUUUUGCUUUAGCUUGCUCACAGUAGGAUUUAGCAUCAGUUAGACCAGACAUCAUCUUCUACCACAUCUUUAAUGUGACUCAUAAAAGAAUAAGGAUUAUUUAUUGUUUAGCCAAUCCACUCUGAGGGUAACACCCUGAACUAGUUAAGAGUCAUGAAUUCAUGCCUUUAUCUGAUUGGACAGUAGAAUCUCAUUGGGUUUCCUGUUGGAUGCUAGUGGUUCCAUGACCUGAUUAUCGCUGACUGUAUAAUAGACACUAAAACAUGUGGAACAUCAUUUUUGCUUUAAAGUCACCUUAAGCUGUUAAAUUUGUUUUAAGUCAUGCAAAUUAACAAAUGAAGUCAGGACAACGAAGCAAACGAAGACAUGACAACAUACAUCAAUAAUCUUUUCAGCCUCUUCUGCAACUUGUACAUAAACUCAAUCUAUGAUUUAGGACUUACAUGAAAGCUUCCGGAAAAUUAAUGCUUCGGCAUGUAAACGUUAGAUUAUAUAUCUCUGUAGAUGCAAUAUUAAUUAGUAUUUGACAAAUAUGAAUGUUUGGGAGCAGUUCUCCCUUAUUAUUGAAAGAAAUGACUGUAUGAAACAUGCAUAUUUAGAUAGUUAUUAUGAAUUUAUAUCCAUAUAAAGUACAGUAUGUGCAGCCAAUCAUAUUUUAACAUUUAGUCUGAAUAAAAACAUGAUAAAAAGGAUUCUGUUAAAACUAAAUAAUCUGCAUUAAGUAAAAAUGUCAAAUGUCACAAUAACAUCAGCUGUUAUUAACAAAAUAUUUAUUUUUGGUCGACGGUCAUCUAUUGAGUACUUCAGAUGGUUUGAGUAUAAUCCUUUAGAUUCUGCAGUCUCAGAAAUCCACUUGUCUAACAUAGUUACAAUCAUGACGCCUGACCUGGAAAGACCUGGAUGUGCUGUGCCAAAACUGUCCAUCUAAUAUAACCUAAAAGUUGCACUGACAACAAAAAUACUGCAAACUGGAAGCAGAAACAUUUCUAGAAGAGGUGGGGAGGUGUGUAGAUGAGGAACAGAGAUAACUGUGAAGCAGAGAUGAAUGGAGAUAUAAUGGAAGUAAAGGAAGAGUUAAAUAUGUAAAGUUAAUCCUAAAAAUGAGCAUGAUUUAAAACCUACACUGCAAAAAAUAUUUUUCUUAAUCAGUUUUUAAGUACUCCAGUUAGCGUGUAAUUUAUUUAGUGUGUAAUUUAAGAUAUAUUAAUUAUAUAUUAGGUUUUUAAAUCUUAAUACCUUAGACAAUUUUGGUUCUUAGGUACAUUAAUGGUUUUAUGUUUAGACAUUUGUACUACUGAUAAUACUGAAAAUACUCAUUAAAAUAAAUAUUUUUUGCAAUGUAGAGGAUAGUGUUAAGUUACAAUAAUGAUUAUAUAUUACUUCCCUAUAUAUAUAUAUAUAUAUCAAUAAAAAAAUCAAAUUUGAGAGCACUGGGGAGUCAUAUAAUCAUCUCUGGUAUUUGUAACAAGGUAAAAUUUACUGAUUGCUCAUUGAUGAUGGUUGACAUUUCCAAGUAUUUUAUGUGAUCACCAUGUGCUGAUCUUUUGGUCAUAAAUGGAAGUAAAUCUGGGGACUUAGUCAUGUUUGGAAGAUCUGACUUUUUAGCAGAUGUGAGCAACUAAAAGGAAAAUAAUUUAAAACAAAUAUUUAUUAUUUACUGUCAACUAAAUUUAUCAACAUCAUCAUUCUACAUACUAUGUAUUCAGGUCCCUUUAUGUUUCUUCCACAAUAAACAA